AUGGCGGCCCCGGCGCGAGAUGCUCUCCAAUUUCCUCAAGCUUCACGGAACCACAUCGACAACUACCUACCAAGAUCCGACCCAGGCAAUCCGAGCCAUCCAUCCACCAAACCCCACGUCACCUUGACAUUUGCAACAUCCCUAGACAGCCAGCUCUCUCUCGCGCCCGGCGUCCAAACAGCACUAUCAGGUCCAGAGUCCAAAGCCAUGACACACUAUCUGCGCUCAAAACACGACGCCAUCCUCAUAGGCGUAGGGACUGCUGAAGCAGAUAAUCCAUCGCUGAACUGCCGCAUCCAAGGUGUCGGUGGAUAUGGUGGUGAGGGUCUACAGGGCCAGCCUAGGCCCGUUGUCAUUGAUCCGAACGGACGCUGGCAGUUCACUGCCGACAGUAAAGUCCUGAAGCUUGCGAGGGAAGGGAAGGGUAGGGCGCCUAUUAUAUUCACACAAAUUCCCAUCGAUACGAAGAGGAGAGAGCUGCUGGAAAGUGUGGGAGGGCAGGUAAAAGUAGUGGAUCCAUGGAGCUUGACAGAGGGGCGCAUAUCGUGGGAGUACGUGUUGGAUGUGCUCAAGCAUGAACACAUCAGGAGCGUGAUGAUUGAGGGCGGUGGAGCUGUCAUCAACAAUCUACUGGCUCCGCAAAAUUUCGGCCUGGUUGAUUCGGUCAUCGUCACGAUCGCGCCGAUCUGGCUGGGUAAAGGAGGUGUGCAAGUCUGCCCUGAUGAGCGAGUCGAGAAGGGAGCAAGACUUCCCGUUGCAAGGUUGAAGGAUGUAAAGUGGGUGCCACUAGGAGACGAUGUUGUGCUGUGUGGACUACCAGGACAAGUCUAG